AUGGACUUCGCGACGCUGCCAGGCGAGCCCGCGUGGCCGCUUGGGGCUCGCGAUGGGCUCUGGUUCCCCGAAGCGUCACAGCUAGUCGCUCCGCCCGUCAACGCUGCUGCGACGAAUGAGUUUGGCGGGGCCGCUGGUUGCGGCGCUGUGGGCAUGGACGUCGGUGACGUGGCGUCGUCGGGCGUGUCGCGGGAUUUGCUGCUGCAGCUGUUGUCGGCGGGUCUCGACAUGCCAGCCACAGCCUGGACGGUCGAUCUGCGCUUUCCGCCCGUCUCGCCGCAAGUCAACGCUCGAUCUCGACCGCAGCUCACGGCGGGCGAGCGCCCCGUGCCGCUGCUGGGGUCCGCCGCUCACGGCGCGCAGUCGAGCCUGCGCUCCCGGCGGGGCCUGCCCGACCUCUCCAGCUCGCUGGCCAACGCGCGCCCCUCCGCCGUCUCCCGCCUCGCCGCUGCCACCGGCGGCAAUCCCCCUCUCAGCACGGGCAAGCGCGAGGCCGAGGCGGGCAUGACAGGCGGCGCAGCGCGGUGGCCGCUGUCCCCCGCGCUCAAGAGCCCGCGAUCCGACGGAUAUCGCAGCCCCGGCGGCAGCCGCGUUCUGUCCGCCAUAGCCGCGAGCCCCACGGGGCUCGCGAGCGACAUGGCGCAGCUGCGCGUGCGCUCGCUGCCCACCACUCCGCUUGGCGGGGCUGCGUCCUUGCCGCUGGGGUCAGCGCGCGGCGGAGUGGGAGGGGGCGUGCGAUCCGCGGAGUCGGCAGGCAGAGGGUCGCACUCGAGAGGGUCGAGCGGCGAGCAGGGCUACGAGGUGGCGUCGGCGGGCGGGCAGGAUGGAGCAGCGCGGGACGGGCAGGAGGGCGGGAUGGAAGCGGGUGCCGCGCACAUGGAGGAGGGCGGCGGGGCGGCAGCAGGGAUGGGCGAGGGCAUGGAGGGCGGCGGAGGGGGAGACGAGCUGUACGGCGGCGAUGGGUUUGGGCUGGACGAGGGGGGGGGACGAGGAGGCGGACGGGGAGGGCGGCAAAGGGGGGGCCGGAGGCAAGGGGCGGGGCAGGCAUUCGACGAAGCCGCGCAGCGUGGCGGAGCGCAUGCGGCGGGAGCGCAUAUCGGCGCGGCUGAAGCGGCUGAAGGACGUGAUGCCGCGCACGGACGCGCGCACAGACACGUCCGCCAUGCUGGACGACGCUGUGGUGUACAUCCGCUCCCUGCAGAUGCGCUGCGCCGCCCUCGAGACCCAAAACGCCGUGCUCGCUAA